AUGGCUACGACCAUGCAACCUUCACCUAUCCCCACACCAUCAUUAGAUCUUCCCCAAACUACCUCUUCAUCGACUUCACCGAAAUAUCCCGUCUACCCUCUGCUUUCACCUAAUCCUAUCCCAGCUGCUGUUCCUCUCUCCGGUCAUGGCACCGGCACCGCUUCACCCUCCGUGCCCCUCCCAAGUCCUGGAAACACACCAGCCAUACCAGAUUCCCUCCCUAUUCCUGGAUGUGAAACACAGGCAACUGUACAAAGAACCGACUCUACCUCUUCUUCACAUUCAGCAACCACAAACUCUUCAACAUCCUCCCUCAUCCCUGCUCCUAUCCGUCUUCCACCAAUCGAAACUAGAACAGCUACUACAACUCUUCCUAUCCCCGCUCCUGAACCACGUUCACCCCCUAGGACAAGGAGAGGAUCCACUGAUGACUCUCUUCCUCGUGGAUUCACAGGAACUAGAAAUGGACCAAGAGUAUCUCAACCUCGUCCUGGUCCUCCAGCUAUCAUAACUUCUCCACCUACCACUCAUUCUCCUGUCCCCUCCAUAGGUCUCGGUCCUGGUUCGUCGCAGACUUCUUGGUCACCUACCACUCCCAGAGCUUGGUCACCAUGGUGGGAUAACUCUCGUCCGGAAACACCAGAGGAUGGACCUCCCAGAGUUCUGGUUUCGAAUGAAGAAGGAGUGCCGGGCCCGUCCAGGGGUAGACCAGGAAGUACUCCUGGGUCACCGGCGAUGGGGGAAAAAGGUCAUAGGACUUUAAGUGUGGAUGGAAGAAGACCGAGUAGGGUGGAAGAGAAAGAGAGAAGGGGAAGUCAUGCUAGUCAGAUGAGUGGUGGAAAAGGUAAACCAAGCCUGAAGGAUUAUAUCAUUGGUGAGGAGCUUGGAAGGGGGAGUUAUAGUGUGGUUGUCCGCGCGAUCGCAGCCACUAAUAAUACCUCUCCAACUUCUCCCCGACCUCCUCGGCAGUACGCCAUCAAAAUUAUCAACCAAGCACACCUUGUAGCGGAGAAGAAAGCCAAAUACGCGAUGAUCGAACGUGAUGCUCUCAUUCGUCUUUCCACCCCUCGUCAGGCUUCUCCAACCGCUGGUAGAGGCCAUCGACGUGGUAUGUCAAGUUCCUCCUCUGCUGGUCAAACCGCUGCCGGAAAACGCAAAUCUACUGCUUCCCUUGGUAGUUCCAGCGGAAGACGAGAUAGCUCUACUAUCACCCCCUCGAUGCCUAUACCUCAAAGGGAUCGACUCUCCGUCGCAACUUCAUUGACGGAUAGCACGAGUACUGGUUACAGUAGUCCUUUCACAUCACCUUACAGCUCCGCCGGGCAUGCUCCCAUGUCACCACAACUGAUGGCGGGUAGGAGACCUAGUCGAUCUGCAGAUCCACCUGAAGUGGUCCCUGAACGUUCGGAGGAUGGUCAUUCGACAAUCAACAUGAAACCUCCUUCUCCUGUCAAAGAGGAAUAUCAAGAAGAACAGUUGGCCAGUCUGCCUUCGGACCGAACUCUGAAAGAAAAGACUAGACUGAGCUUUGACGAACCUGAAAGCAUACGGGACAAGGAAAAGGAGAAGGAUGGAGGGAAAGACUAUCGAGAUAAAUUGCAAACUCCGAAGAAAAGGAGACAAAGUUUGGCCCCUUCGGAGAGAUCGGUGAAGAGUACCAAGUCGACUUUGGGUCAUCCGGGGAUAAUACGUGUCUAUUCGACGUUUAACGAUAGUACUUCGCUUUACUUUGUCUUGGAUCUAGCAAAGAAUGGAGAAAUGUUAUCUCAUAUACGCAAGCAUGGAUCGCUUGAUGUGGAGUCUGCAAGAUAUUACUCCGCUCAGCUGAUUGAUACCAUCGAGUUUAUGCUUGACAAAGGUGUGAUACACCGAGAUCUCAAGCCGGAAAAUAUACUACUCGACGACGAAAUGAGGAUCAAGAUCACCGAUUUCGGAAGCGCCAAGCUGAUUUACAAGGCUGAGCCCCCGACUUCCGACGACGCUAGGAAACGAUCUUUUGUCGGCUCAGCAGAUUUUGUCUCCCCCGAAGUCCUUCGCAAUGAGCUAGCCGUCUCUGCCUCUGAUAUCUGGGCGUUCGGGUGUAUCUUAUACCAUUUCAUCGUUGGCAAACCUCCCUUCCGGGGCGCCACCGAUUAUCUCACUUUCCAGAAGAUUCUCAAACGCGAAAUGUCCUUUCCCGAAGGAUUCGAUCCAAACGCUCAAGCAUUGGUCGAUCUCGUGCUCAAUCUCGAUCCUGAUGCUCGUCCUUCCAUCCCGGAAAUCAAAGCUCAUGCUUUCUUCUCCACCGUGGAUUGGACGACCUUAUGGACUUGUCCCGCUCCUCCCAUACGUACGGGGUUGACUCAGCCCGUCAAUUACCUGGGAUCUGUGGAUCCCCAAAGUGACGUCUGGGCGGUGUUUGACGACGAAGUUUCCGACGGAGGGUUCGAAUAUGAUUCUCCUCAAUCACCCCUUUCUCCCACUGUUCCUGAAGAAAUAGAGUUGAUGGAUAACGUGGAUCAUUCUCAAGAACCUAGGAUCGAUCGUGAAGCAGCUCAUCAAGCCGUCAAAGCGGUACAUCCGUCCAUCUCAGAAAGAGGAAAUGAAGAGGAAUGUCUGAGGAGUGAAUUGGAACCACCGAGACCGUCAUGGAUGGGAGGAGGACAAAGAAGCGCAAGAACGAGUAGUAGUAGUAGUGGUAAUAGGACGGCUUUGACCGGGUUGUUGGAAAGUAUGAAGAUUCAGAGUCCUAUCUGGGGUGGAAGUCAGCGAGGGGGGUCGAGUAGGACUUCGAGGACUAGUGUGAGGAGUGAAGAGAUGAGGAUCAUGUUGGGUCAGACGAAGGAGGGACAGGCGCAUGCUCAGGGACAGGAGAGAUGGCAACCUCUUCUCCUCACCAACGAAAAGAUCACUUAUCACUCCCCAAUACUCUUACGUCCAGCCUCCACCCACAUCCCCUCUUUCCUCCUGCCCGCUCCCAAACGUCGUCAUCUCAUCCUUACUGAUUUCCCCCGACUCAUGAUUGUCAAAGAUGACCCAUCUGGUCCUGUGGUGAAGAACGAAUGUGUCUUUGUUGUCAGACCCAGUGUUGACACUGCGACCUCUCAGCACUCUGGAGUAGGACCUAGUAGUCCGGGUGUGACUUCGGCUCAAGUAAGUAGGACGCCGAAUAGAGUGGUGGAGAUACAAGAGAAGGGAAGUAAAGGGUUUGUGGUGCAAACUGCGGGAAACGCAUAUCAUUUUGUAACAGAAGAUGAAGAAUCGAAACAACAAUGGAUAUUACAUUUGAGACGGGUGGGAGUAUAAUAUCUGGUGGUAGUGGUGACUUGUAAAGACGAAACGUAAUGGUAUAUUUUUCCAAG